AUUUUAAAUAGUUUUCGAAAAUAGCAAAUAAUGAUCGAAUUAUUGUAAUUAUCGCAUCUUUAUAAACAAAACAACGAUGAUUUCCUAUCUAGUUUAAGAAACAAGAUGAAACCGUAUAGAUUUCAUUCAAUUGUUGUCAUUUUUCUGUUAUUAUCAGUAUUAAUAUUAGCAGAAGAAGAAGAAAAAGAUUUAUUCAUUGUUGAAUCAAUUAAUACCGAUGAAAAUUCAACGCAUAUUGAUGAAAUCGAUGUGCAUUCGAUUCAAAUUUACGAUCCCAAGUUUGAUACGAAGAUAAUCAGCGGUUAUGAAGCGAAACCGAAUCAAUUUCCGCAUCAAGUCGCCAUUUUUAUUUUCGGAUACAGUGGCCGUGUAUUAUUCUGCGGAGGAUCUGUUAUAUCAACAGAAUAUGUCAUCACAGCUGCGCAUUGUAUCUUUGAAAAACCCAAACGCAUCUUGGUGAUAAUGGGCACUACAAGACUAAUGAAAUAUAAUAAAAAUGAAGUUCGUCGUGAUGUCCAGCGCUACAUUAUACAUAAAUGGUUUGAUCGGUCAUCUUUACGAAACGAUAUUUGUCUGCUACAGUUGAGAGGACCUAUAAAAUACACUAGGUCCAUUUCACCAAUUGCAUUACCCAACAUGGCCGACAUCCACAAGAAUUACCUUAAUUCAAUCGCCACGGUUUCCGGCUUCGGUAAAACCUCCGACGAUGGCACAACCAGCAAACGUCUGAUGUUUAUUGAAUUAAACAUAAUGGACAAUCAGAUGUGCAACGAUUGGUUCGAAGAUCGCGACGCAAUCUACACCAACAUUUGCACAUCGGGUAGUAAUGGCCGCGGCGCAUGUCAGGGCGACUCCGGGGGACCAUUAGUCAUCGGGGACAAACUAAUUGGCUUGGUCUCAUAUGGUGCACGUUAUUGCUCAUGGGGCUAUCCCACUGUGUACACAAGGGUUCCCAGCUACAUCAAAUGGAUCACCAGUUACACGAACAUUCCGCUACACUAAUGCAUGCUGUGUGUGAGAAUGUGUGUGUGCUUAUAGAAACUCGUUAUACUAGUUGUCUUUUUAGAAUUAUUCGUUAGAUAUGUUACAACCAAACCGCAACAACCCGAAUUGUGUGCAACGGAAGUAGUAGAAGGUAAUUUUCAAACGCUUUUAACUCCAAUUCGUAAACUUCUAGUGCUAAUUUUUUUGAAUAAGGUGGACGGUUCUCCCGAUAAAAGUCGCAUGCAAAAAUUUGUACUCUUUAAGGAUUAAACUAGCAAGAGUGUUGCACACAAUUGGUCAUUCAACAAAACAUUUGUUCCAUGUUGGCUUCAAAACAACAUAAUUUACAGUUAUUUACAUGAUUAUCAAAGCGAAAAUUUAAACAUUCGGAAAGACCUAGAUUAAUUUGAUUAAAAUAUAUAUAUCGGAACAAAACGGUAUAAUAAUAUUUGUGUGGUCUUUCCAUUGCGUUAAAAACUUAAUAUAUCCCAUUCGCGCACUUAUGAAACACGCCCAAGGUAUGUUAUGUUGCAAUUUAUUAUCACAGUUCACUAUAAUCGUUCGGAAUA